AUGUUAGUGGAGCACGCUGCACAAUGGGCUUGGCAAGCAAUGGGCGGCACGAGAAUCGAGGUCCUUUGCACGUUUCUCGUGUUCCUAGGUGUAUUGCUGGUGGCUAGAUGCUUGCAAUGGCUCAGGUAUGUGCGCUCUCUGCCUCCAGGGCCUUGGGGUGUACCCGUGUUCGGUUAUUUGCCAUUCCUGAAAGGCGACGUUCACCUCAGGUACGGAGAGCUAGCGAAAAAAUAUGGUCCAAUGUUCAGUGCCCGGCUUGGUACGCAACUGGUGGUUGUUCUCAGCGAUCAUCGUACGAUUCGCGACACGUUUCGUCGGGAAGAGUUUACUGGCAGACCGCAUACCGAGUUCAUCAACAUCCUCGGCGGAUAUGGUAUAAUCAACACAGAAGGUGCUAUGUGGAAAGACCAAAGAAAAUUUCUUCACGAUAAGCUAAGAGGUUUCGGCAUGACUUAUAUGGGAGGUGGAAAGAAAAUUAUGGAAUCGAGAAUCAUGCGCGAAGUUAAAACGUUCCUUCGUGGAUUGGCGUCAAAACGUGGCACGCCGACCGACGUUUCGGCUUCCCUUGGAAUGUCUAUCAGCAACGUUAUCUGCUCCAUCAUAAUGGGAGUACGAUUCCAGCAUGGCGACGCCAGAUUCAAAAGAUUUAUGGACUUGAUCGAGGAGGGGUUCAAAUUGUUCGGCAGUAUGGCCGCCGUCAACUUCAUCCCCGUAAUGCGUUACCUGCCCUGCCUGCAGAAGGUUCGAAACAAAUUGGCGGAAAAUCGGGCGGAAAUGGCCGAUUUCUUUCAGGAGACGGUCGAUCAGCAUCGCGCGACUUUCGACGAGGGGACAAUGAGAGAUCUCGUCGACGCGUACUUGCUCGAGAUCGAGAAAGCGAAGGGGGAGGGUCGUGCCACCGCCCUUUUCCAAGGAAAGAAUCACGAUCGUCAGAUGCAACAGAUACUCGGCGACUUGUUCUCCGCCGGGAUGGAAACGGUGAAGACCACGUUGGAAUGGGCGAUAAUCUUGAUGCUGCAUCAUCCGGACGCGGCGAUCGCCGUACAGGAGGAAUUGGAUCAAGUGGUGGGGAAAUCGAGGAUGCCAGCCUUGGAGGAUCUCCCUUUCCUUCCGAUAACAGAGGCAACGAUACUCGAGGUCCUCAGACGAUCGAGCGUCGUCCCUUUGGGGACCACUCAUGCCACCACGAGGGACGUGACGUUGCACGGUUACACGAUACCGGCAGGAUCUCAAGUGGUGCCGCUGUUGCACGCCGUGCACAUGGAUCCCGAACUUUGGGAGAAACCAGAGGAGUUUCGACCGAGUCGGUUCCUCUCGGCCGAAGCUAAUCGCAUAAAAUCGUGGAAAAAAACGGACAAGCAGAAUGUUUGGGAGCUAAGCGGUUUGUACGAAGGAGACAUAAUGAUCACGGAGGAAGAUGAAAUAAAGAAUGGUCUGAUAAAAACCGCGUUCCGUUGGCCAGGCGGUGUUGUACCCUAUUACAUAAAGGAAGAAGAUUUUGACGAAGAAGACAUAGAGGUGAUCAAAGAUGCUAUAGAAGAUUACCACCAGAACACGUGCAUACGUUUUCGUCCUUACAAAAAAUCUGACAAUGAUUAUAUCACUAUAGAAGCGAAAUCGUCGGGAUGUUGGUCCCUGGUAGGUAGACACGAUCACGGUCAAGUGGUGAAUUUGCAGAAUCCGGGAUGCGUGCAACAUGGUGUAAUUAUACACGAGCUGAUGCACGCAUUGGGUUUUUAUCAUCAACAAAGUGCCGCGGAUCGUGACGAAUGGGUGACGAUCAAUUGGGAAAAUAUAAAGCCAGGAAGAGAACACAAUUUUAACAAAUAUGACAAUCGCACCGUAACAGAUUAUGGAAUCGGUUACGAUUACGAUAGCAUAAUGCACUACAGCUCUUACGCGUUCUCAAAAAAUGGCGAACCGACCAUCACACCGAAAAAGAAAAACGUGAAACUUGGCCAACGAAAAGAACUCAGUGAGAAAGACACGUUGAAAUUACGAGAAAUGUACAAGGAAGAAUGUGGCAAACGAGAGAUGAAUGGAACUGCGGAUAACAAUUCGAUGGAUGAUAUAUCUAUUGAGUGGAUACUUAGUAAGAAAUUGUAAUUGAAUUUUACUAGAAUUUAAAAAAAAAAAAAUUCGAUUUCUUUG